AUCCGUAGCUCGUCAAUCAGACCCAAAGCAGCAGAGUCACCGCUAAGCUCUCUCUAUACACAGCAACGAUGGACGUGGCGAGCCUACACAACAUCCUGCUGCAUACGUUCAGCAAUGACGAGGCCGCGCGUAAGGCCGCCGAGGAGGCCGUCGCGGGUCUGCACACCGUUCCUGGCUCCGUGCAGCUGCUCAUCCAGAUCACCGUCGAGGCCAGCGUGACGCGCGAGAUCCGCCAGGCCGCUGCCGUGUCGCUCAAGAACCUUGUGCAAAAGUACUGGGAGGGCGCUGACGGCCCCGAAGGUCAAUGGAUGCAGGUUAUUAGCCCCGCCGACAAGGCGCUGGGUCGCCAGAACGGCCUCGAGGCGCUCCUGGUGUCACAAGACUCAAGCAUCCGCUCGCUACUGGCCGAGACCGUCGCUUACAUUGCGCGCUUCGACUUCCCGGACUCGUGGCCGACGCUGAUCGACGACAUCUGCAAGAACGUCCAGAGCGGCGAUGCCAACCGCAUCAUCAACGCACUGCUGGCGCUGCGUCGCGUGGUCAAGAACUUCGAGUACCGCUCGGAGGACCGUCUGGCCCCGCUCUUUAAGCUCGUGGAGGUGGUCUUCCCCAUGCUGCAGAACAUGAUGGUGCAGAUGCAGACCAACAACUCAAUCGAGGCUGCGCACAUGAUGCACCUGAUCCUCAAGACUUACUGGUCGUGCGUCAAGACCAAUUUGCCGCCGCACAUCGCGCAGACCGAACAGGUCGUGGCCUGGAUGAACAUUUUCCGCUUGGUCAUCGCCAAGCCGCUGCCCGAAGCCAGCGAAGGUGGCGAACCCGCUGGUCAGCCAACGGACGAGGAGGACCGUGGCAACUGGCCUUGGUGGAAGCUCAAAAAGUGGGCGUUGCAGAUUCUUUGCCGCUUCUACACGCGUUACGGUAACCCCAAGAAGGCCGAGGAGGAGUAUCUGCAGAUGUCCACGGUAUUCCGUAACCAGAUCGCUCCGGAGCUCCUGCCGUGUGUGAUGGAGACGCUCGCGUUGCGUAAGAACGGACGAUUCUGCACGGAUCGCGUGGUGCAGCUCGCUCUCGUGUUCCUACAGGAGGCUGUGGACUCAGCUGUGACGUACAAGCUCAUUAAGCCGCACCUUGGCUUCCUGUUGUUCGAGGUGAUCCACCCCGUGCUGUGUCUGACUCCUAAGGACUUGCAGCUGUGGGCUGAGGACCCGCACGAGUUCGUACGCAAGACCAACGACGUGUUCGAGGACUUUUUGGACCCCGUUUACGCCGCUUCCAACCUGCUCGCUGACUUGUGCACCAAGCGUGGCAAGGACUGCUUGCCGAACGUCUUGUCUUUCUACAACAACAUCCUGAACACGUACUUGGCUACUCCGGAUGACAAGAAGGACUACAUCCAGAAGGAUGCUGCCUUGCACGCUCUCUUCUCGCUGGACGGCGUGCUGACCAAGUCGAAGGCCCACAAGGACCAAGUGGAGUCGAUGAUUAUUACUCACAUCCUGCCAGAGUUCAAGAACCCGCACGGUUUCCUGCGUCUGCGUGCGUGCAAGAUCUUCUCUCGCAAGUACAUUGAAGGCAUCAAGUUCAAGGACGAGCAGACCCUGAUCAACAUCGUCAACGGCAUGCUGGACGCCAUGUUCGACCCGGAACUGCCCGUGCGUAUCGAGGCUGCCAAGACGAUUCGCUUUGUCGUCAUGUACCCGCACUCGGACACCGUGGUGGAGGUGCUGCGUCCUCGCCUGCCUCAGAUUUUGGAGCAGUUCUUCAGCCUGAUGGACGAGAUCGGCAACGACGAAGUUGUGGUCGCACUUGAGCACAUUAUCGACCGAUUCUCCUCGGAAAUUGGUCCGUUUUCCGUGCAGCUGGUCGCCAAGUUCGUGGAAUUCUUCGGUCAGUUCACUGCUGUCGCCGAGGAGGACGAAGAUGCCUCGCUUGCUGCUGUAUCGUGUCUGGAUGCCAUCAACACGAUCCUCAUGAGCAUCCACAACCACCCGGAGCUGUACGCUCUGUUGGUUCCUACGCUUGCGCCGGUUAUCCACAAGAUUCUCACAGACUUCGACUACGUCGAGUACAUGGAGAGCGGCAUCGAUAUCCUGGGCUCGCUGGCCUUUUACAGCCAUAAAAUCGCCCCGGAGCUGUGGUCGCUGUUCCCUCUUAUCUUCGCGAGCUUCAACGACUGGGCGUCGGACUACUUGACAAACUUCGUGCCGGUUAUCGACAACUUUGUUGGCCGCGACAUCGACGGCUUCUUGGCUGGUUCGUGCACGAACCCUGCUACUGGAGCCAGCGUCCGGUACCUUGAGCUCGUCUUCAACAUGGCCAAGACCGUCUUCGAGAGCACGAACGUGCAGGAGAUCGACCUGUGCGCUGCCUGCCGUCUGCUCUACUCUCUGCUGCACAACCUGUUCGGCAAGGUGGACGAGUGCAUUCCCCCCAUUACGUUGAUGGUGUGCAACAAGCUGGCUGAGCCUCUUGUGGACUCCACGGCGCGCAACCUGCUGGGUGUUUUCGGUAGUCUGCUGCACUACAAUCCGGCACUGACGCUGGAUGCCUUGAAUCAACUGGGCGCUGCUGAUGGCGUGUUGAAGAUCUGGCUGAGCGACCUGUCUCGCUACGACAACUACCUGGACCGCAAGCUGUUCAUCCUUGGUGCCAUGUCCAUCUUGCGUGCUCCGGCCGACAAGAUCCCGGCAGCUCUGCGUCCGCACCUUAAGCAGCUGAUCCAGGCUGCUAUGAAGGUACUGGCCGAGUCCAUUCAGAACCCGGCUCCGGGUAUCAUUGACGGCGGUGAAGAGGCCGAGGAAGGUGAGGAGACUGAACAGCUCGAGGAGCUGCUGGAGAACGGCGGAUACGCCUCGAACGAGGACGCCGAGGACGUGGUGGACGACCAGUACUACGCCAUCCUGCGCCAGCUGCGUGAGGAGGCUGAGGGUCAGUUCGGCUACGAUGACGAGGGUGACGAGGACUACAUCAGUCUGCUGGACGAGGUGGACGAGGUAGAAUUCUUCCUUAACUCGCUGCAGGGCUUCGCUCAGACUCACGCCCAGGAGUACCAGGCUCUGGGUCUGGAGGCUGAUGCCACGACCCAGCAGGCUCUUGUACUAUUCCAGGCCGAGCACGCUAAGAGGAAGGAGGCGCAGGCCCAGAAGGCCCAGCAGUAAAGUCGAGAUAGAAGGGCAAAAGCUGGAGAAGAGAGGGAGAGUGAUAUGGUUUUUUAACAUACAUUUUUUGUUCAAAACA